AGACAUGAAGUGCUUCGUAGUAUUCAAUGCGACUUCCGAGCUAGUUUUUUUUUCAGCUGAUGACGAGUUUAAACGCGUCAUUAUUGAGAAACAAAGACAACAGGAUGAGGAAGUCAAAGAGGCGUAUGCGUGCAGCGAUUCGCCAGACAUGCGGUCAACUGGGCUCUCAUCGCAAACGAACGAACAGGAAGUGAACAUGAACACAGUCGCAACCUUAUUCUUACCGUUGUUUGCUUCUCAAUUGAGAUUUACAAAUGUUGGCAACAGCCUUUCGUCAGUGUCGUGCGAGGAUGGUUCAACCUAUGUGUUUUAUCAGUUUUCUGAUCUGACUUGUGUUGCUGUCAGCAAAGACCCAGAUGAGGAUGAAGAUUAUUUACUUCGGAAGGCACAUGUUUUUCAGAAUUUGGUGCAAUUGUUGUAUGGCCCUGUAACAUCUCAGUUGAAUCCAAGUGCAGUGAGGGAGAAAUAUAAACGGUGGAAGUUGUUGGCCAACUGUCUGGACACAUGGGAACAGCUAUGGAAACGAGAUCAAGCUUUCUUAGUUGAAGCACUCGAAAUGCUUUUAGUAAAGAAAGAUCUGAAUGCACACUGCAUUCAGCUGCUGGAACAGUCUCUAAGGACAAUGAAAGGAGUUGAAGAGGCUGCCCCUUCUCAUGCUUUUUUACUUGCCGGCACAAAACUGUUGGCUCUUUACUCCAGCAUGUCUGCAACUGAGCUACACAGCGCUGAUAUUAUGCUUAUAACAGUGUUGGCACGAAAUCUUUUUCCACCUCAACCACCUGCAGCGGCCACUCCACCUCCUGGUGAAGAGAGACGAGAAACUCCAUCGUUUGCCACUCCUGUUCAAGAGGCAGAUGAAAAGUAUUUUUCUCCUGUCUCAACACCUCUUCUGCAUACAACACCAGAGUUUUAUACACCACAAAGCGAAGCUAUUGUGCACAAUCAAAAAAUGUCAGAGCUAGAAAGAGACGUUGAGAGAUUUGGUGCAAUAGCAGAAGAAAUUGUUGAAGCUGACGAUGUGCUUUUGCCAUUGAAUUUUGGGGAAGAUGAACGAGCAAAUGAUUCACCACGUGCGGAUGAUCAAGAAGUUGAAGGAAUUUUGACUAAAGGGUCUGCAAUUCCUGGUUUCAGAUCACCGUAUAAUGAAGAACAAGCUGCUGAACUGUCAUCAGUUGUCAGUGAGCCAGUUUCAAUUGGUCGUCGGUCCGCUGCUUAUUCGUAUUACAGUCAAAGCCAGCCCGAAGAGCGACAGUUGUAUUAUCGAUACAAUGUGUUUCUUCACACUCCUGUGUGUCCUUCCACACCGUACCUUUUGCAUUGCUUGGAAGUGAUGCCCGGCACUGUGUUGGUAAUAAUUAGUGAGGUUCCUCAUGGUCAAGUCGCUGCUCUUAUAUGUAAUGUUCUCAGUCGGCUGUCAUCACUGCGAACUGUCGAUUCAAAUCUCAGUCGAGAAAUAGUCAAGACUGGAGCAAAGGCGAUGGUUGAAUACAUAGAUAACAACAUCAAACGGAUUAUUGAUUCUGUCAGAAGGAUUGCUGACACUACAAGAAAGAAGAAGUUGAAGAAAAGUGCCAGCGACUUGCAGAGAGAUCUCGUUGUCAAAUGGGAAGUUAUAAAAGACAAAGGAUUGCAGGAGUUGUUAGAGAAGAUUGUAGACGAAGGGCAAGUGACAUCACAAGAAGAAUUAUACAGCCUUGAGGACAAAGUUCGUGACAUGUCAGUCAUACUGCUUCAAUUUUUUCGAGAUCUUUUCUUAAAUACAAAGAGCCCAUCGAGUGACAGAUUGAAGGACUGCAUGACAACUAUUCAAAGAAUUCUUCGAGCUUUGAAAGAUCAUGAAGAAUUUUUGACCAUCAAGGCUAUGCGCAAUGUUCCAGCCUCACAGUAUCUGAAAGACUAUCCGGGUCUCAUACAUUUUAUUUACGUGAACAGAACAAACGACCAAGUGACUGUACCGUCACUGAAUGUGGAAAAUUUGGAAGGUGAAAAUGGAGAUGAGAGGUCGAUACAAGAAAGUGGCUUGCCUGUUAGCUUUUUGAAGGAAAAGGUGUGGAAAAUGUGCAAGCUGUUUCGAUCGCAUUUGGUUGAGGGCUGCACUGCUGCAGCAAUUCGUGAGGGCGACUUUCUCUACUCGUAUCAUCUCUGGUUUGAAGACUCAGUGGGUAACACGUUGCAAUGGGAUCAAGCUGCCCGAGUACCACAGGAAUCAAUUCUUCCGGGCAUUCUAGCAGGACCGUUUUACAAGGAACUGCAUCGGAUAGUUUGCUCAAGUCACCGCCAUUCACCCAACACCGUUCACUGCUAUGAACUGAUGUGCAUCCACGUUGGUGUGGUGUCCAUGCAAUAUGCAGCAACGCAAGCUAAACGCCUUGCAAAUGCGAUAUGGGAGACAUCAGCUGUCAGUUCUCCGAUGAAUCUCUUGUAGAUGAGUCUGGUAUGAUUAUGAACACAAAUAAAUGACAGAAAUGUAGGCUAUUUCUAUACCUCGCAUGUUCCACAUAUGUGUACAGCGCCAAUGUUGUUGACCACAAUAGAAUUUUGGUAGCGGUGGUGGUGAUGGUUAUGCCACUACUGCCACUGCUAGUUGUAAUUCUCGACAAAUGUGUACUGACAUAGUUCUGUGUUGCUGCACAGAAGGGUGAAAUUUGUGGAGUUUCCUCAGCGGUGGUCAACCCUCACAUUAUAGCUACAAUUAGA